AUGCUUAGGGACAAGAUCUUACUAUUUGCACAACAAGAUGAUGAGUCAUUUUAUGAAGCAUGGGAGAGAUUCAAUGGGCUGCUCAAUCAAUGUCCUCAUCAUGGGAUUCCAUUGAAGCUUCAGAUGCAUAUGUUUUAUAAAGGACUAACCCCCUCUAGCAAUAAUAUUGUCACUAAUUUUGCAGGUGGUUCUUAUAAGACUAAGACUCCUGAAGAAACAUAUAAACUCUUUGAGGAGAUAACAAUGGAGACCCAACACACCGAUACAAGAGGUAAACGUAUUGUUGGUGGUUCUAAUGAUUCUUCCAGUGUGCAGAUUUCCAAAUUGGAACAAAAGCUUGAUGCCCUCCUUGCAUUGAACUCAAGAAACCCUUCAAAGGAAGUGUGUAGCAUCUGUGAAACUCAUGAUCAUCCUACCAUUUCUUGUCCCCUUGGGGCUGCAUAUCCAGAAUUUGUGCAAGAGCAAGCUAAGUUGGUGAAUUCCUACAACCGAGGUCCAAUAAAUGAUCCAUAUUCUCAAAGUUAUAAUCCAGGUUGGAGGAAUCAUCCAAACUUUUCAUGGAGGAAUACACAGAAUCAAGCGAAUCCCCCUUUACUCCAAAGGCCACAACAAUUAUCAUCGUUAGAGGAUAUAGUGAAGAAAAUGGCAAUCAACCAAUCCAAUUUCCAACAAACUACACAAGCUGCCAUCUCCACAUUGGAAGUCCGAUUAGGCCAGAUAGCUACUGAAAUAGCACAAAUAGAACCUGGGAAAUGGCCAAGCCAAACCGUGAUCAAUCCAAAAAACCAAGAAGCCAAGGCCGUUCAUGUGCUCAGAUCAGGUAAGAUUGUUGAUAACAAAGUUGGUUCUGAUCUAUCAAAUGAUGUUGUGGUUGUAGAGGAUGAAGAUGAAGAGGAAACCACAGCUAUAGAUGGAGAACAACCCAAAACGUCCCAAUCUGCUCCUAAGGCCAAAUCUGAUUCUCAGGAACCCAAUCCAUUUCAAUUGCAUAAAAGAGAUGACAAAUUUGUGCCAUCGCAUCUUCAUCAAGAUAGAUACAUCCCACCUCCUCCAUAUAUUCCACCGAUUCCAUUUCCAGGCCGUUUGAAGAAAGCGAAUCAAGAUAAGGCUUUUAAAGAGAUUUAUGAUAUUUUGAGUAAAGUUAAUAUCAAUUUGCCCUUGCUUGAUGUUGUUAAACAGAUUCCUGCAUAUGGAAAGUUCAUCAAGCACUUGAUGACUCACAAGCUUAAUUUUGCUCCAAGUGAAGAAGUAAAGCUCAACAAGAAUGUGAGUGCUGUGUUGCAAAGGAAGCUUCCACCAAAACUAGAAGAUCCUGGCAGCUUUGACAUUCCCAUUAACAUCGGAGAUAAGACGGUUGGAAGAGCCAUGUUGGACUUGGGAGCAAGCAUCAAUGUAAUGCCAUAUUCAGUUUAUCAGGAGCUUGGCUUAGAAGGGAUAAAGAAAACCUCAAUUCAUCUUGAACUAGCUAAUCAUUCUAUCAAAUAUGCAAAAGGUAUUGUAGAAGAUAUUUUAGUUCAAGUUAAUACACUCAUUCUUCCAGCUGAUUUUGUAGUGAUGGAUAUGGAGGAUAACCCAUAUGGAGACCGCGUUGAUCCCAUUCUCCUCGGGCGACCAUUCAUGGCCACUGCAGACAUAAUCAUCAAAGUGAAAGAUGGCACCCUCUCCAUGAUUGUUUUGGGUGAAACUGUUGAAUUUAAAGUGUUUGAUGCUCUCUCUCAACCUUCUAUCACUCUUGAUACUUUUUUUUUCAAUUGA